AUGUCUGGACAGAUCAACGGUGCUUCGUCAACAUCAGCAGACUCUCAUCACACCUCUAUCCCUCCGCGGUUAUGUGCUACAGCAGACAAGCCUUCCCUUGAAGCAUUCAAGAAACUAACCACCAAUUCAUCACCUGCACACUACCCCCUCGCCGCCUCAAUUCUCAAAAACGUACCCGUCUAUAAUCUCCCAGACUACUUCUCCCUCAGCCCCGCACAACUUUCCGCAUUCCAAGAUGAAUGGUAUCACAUCCUCCUCUCCGGCCCAGGAGUCUUCGUGACCAAAGGCCUCUACAAGGACCCAUCCCUCCUCGAGCGAGUAAACACCGUCUUCUCCUCCAUCAUCGUCAAAGAAAAAGCCAGCUCCGGCUCAAAAGGCGACCACUUCGCCGGCACCGGCCAAAACGACCGCAUCUGGAACUCCUUCUCAAAACACGGCCUGGAAGACCCUCAAUCAUACUUCGAAUACUACUCCAACCCCUGGCUUCCCCUCAUCUCCGCCGCCUGGCUAGGCCCUCACCACCGCCUGACCGCCCAAGUCAACAUCGUGAAGCCCGGCGCGAAACCCCAAAUCUCACACCGAGACUACCACCUCGGCUUCCAGACCGCAGAGUCCUGCGCACAAUUCCCCAAGGCCCUGCAGAUCGCGAGCCAGCACCUCACGCUGCAGGGUGCCGUCGCCCACUCUGACAUGCCCAUCGAGAGCGGCCCCACGCGCCUCCUGCCCUUCAGCCAGAAGUUCGAGGACGGCUACAUGGCGUACCGGCUCCAGGAAUUUUCGGACUUCUUCCUCGAGAACUAUGUUUCGCUGCCCCUGGAGCUGGGCGAUGGGUUGUUUUUCAACCCGGCGUUGUUCCAUGCUGCGGGGCAGAAUGACUCGAGCGAUGUGCUGCGUUCGGCGAAUUUGUUGCAGAUUAGUGCGGCGUUUGGGAAGCCGAUGGAGACGAUUGAGACGUUUCCGCUCAUUGAGAGGACUUGGGAUUUAUUGGUGGAGAGAUAUAGCAAGGAGGGUUUGAGUGAAGGGGUGAGGACGUUCAUAGGGAAUGUCGCGGAGGGAUAUCCUUUCCCGACGAAUUUGGAUAGGAGGGUACCAGAGACGGCGGGUAUGGCGCCGGAGAGCGAGCAAGAGCUGUUGGUAAGAGGGCUGAAGAAGGGGUUCGAUAAGAUUCAGUUGCUUAAAGAGCUUAGGAAGUUGAAGGAAGACGAGAAAGCUUAA